UUUUAAUUUCAUUCACCCGCGAAAGGACGCAGGUUACCGUCUAGUAUAAGUGUAUUUUCCAAAAACUUAAAUAAAGGUUAGUUUUCAAAUUAUAUUCUUAUUUGAAUUCAUUUCUCCAAAAUUUCCCUUAUAUUUAUUUUUUUUUCCUUUUUGGUGUGAAAAAUAUCUUAAACACUGAAAAUCAAUUCGUAAACAGAAAUUUAGGGAAAUAAACAGAAAUUUAGGGAAAUUUUCCUUUUCAGUGUUUAAGAUAUUUUUCACCAAAAAGGAAAAUUUCACUAAAUUUCUGUUUACGAAUUGAUUUGUUUCCUUUUUCUGAACAUCAUCUUUGUUUUUUUUUUGAGCUUUGAUGUCAUAUUGAUUCCAAAGUUAAUAUUAUUAUAGGGUUCUUCUCCCCCUUGCUCUCGAUUAAUAUAACUGACCUCUGAGAUGGAAUCAAAGUCCACUUAUGGUGCUAUCCGCCGCAAUCCUCGAUUGGUGAGAUAUUACCCAUACACUACAGGGAACAGCUCUGCUGUGAAAGAGGAGAUGAAAAAGGAGGUUAUACAACUAGGGGUCAAGCUUUCUGUCUCCGUCGUUGAAUCCAUGUUCUUACUUUGUGAUGAUAUCCGGACUAUGCUGUUCUUCUGCUAUAAGUUAUGGAGAGGUUAUAAUCCGCGCCCCUAUCCCGUAUUAGAAAGGCUGCUUCGUGUUAUGCACUGUGUCUACUUAAGAGAUAUCAAACCUAAGAAAAGAGUGUUUAAGAAUUAUGGUCAAUCCGUCCAAUGGAGACUGAUCAGUACCACUUGGGAGGAUUUUUCCAACGGAGUCAUGGUUAUGCAUAGGCUUGUUAGGAUUCUCAGAAGAAAAGGUCGGUCUUACGAUGAUCGACUUUUAUUUUCGGCUAUUGAAAAAUACAAGCAAGUGUUGAAGAGGCUAGAUGAUAAACUGAGGUCUAAAAAGAAUGUUUCGGAGAAGAAUGGGUUUAUGAGGGAGACCAUAGAGCCUAACAUUUAUGACUUGUGGAAGUCUAUCUUUGAUGAAGAAGCUAAAGAAACAACAUAUACUCUGAAGGAGAUAAGGAAUAGCAUUAUUAGCGGCAUCUUUGAUCCUAUUUCAGGCAAACCAAUCCAUAGAAAGAUAAGGGCACUGCCCUCACAUACUCCUUAUAUUUUGGGGAUUGAUUUUCCAAAGCAAGAACUGAAAGAGGAGGUUGUGAAACUGGGAAUUGAGCUCUCUCUACUUGUGGCUCAAUCGAUGUUCUUCAUGCGUGAUGAUGACUAUCGCAGUACGUUGUGGUUCUACCUUAAGUUAUGGAUAGAUGCAACAAAGGACCGUGAUCAGGAUAGUCCUGUGGCAGAACGACUGCUUUAUGUUAAUUAUGAUAUCAAACCUAAGGAUAAAGAAUUUGAGAAUGAUGAUGCCAGAUGGGUCCAAUCGAAAGUGAUCAGAACUACUAGGAAGGAUUUUGCGGCAGGAAUCAGAGAUCUAGAUCGCCUUGUUACAAUUCUUAGAGGAGAAGGAAGCUAUUCAGAUGGCCGAGAGAUUACAUCUAGAAUUGAAGAAGCGCUGAAGAGGAUAGAUGACAAGUUGAGGUGUACCAAAAAAAAUUCAGAGGAGAAUGGGUUUGCCAGGGAAGUGAUGGAGUCUAACAUUUUGGAGGUGUGGAGGUCUCUCUUUGACAAAAACGCGAAGGAAGCAUGGAAACCCAGAGUGAUGAGGAGGAUCGUGUCUCUCACCGACAUAUGUAAACCUCUAUUAGAAAAGACAUUAUAAGAACAUUAGGUUACACUACUAGUUUAUUCUUUGCUUCUAUCUUUUAAUUUAUGCAAUAGAUGAAAUCUGAAAUACUUCUUUACCGUUAUUUUAGUUUCAAAGCUUUUGUUGAAAUUAGGUAGAAAAACAUACAAGUGAACCAGCACAAGAUAUAAUUUAUUCUUGGCUUUUUCUACCUAAUAUCGCCUUUCCUACUGUUUUUGUAAGUGGUAAGCUUGUGGGUUUGACCAACCAAGUCAUGUGGCUUCACCUAAGUGGCUAUCUAGUUCCUUGAUCAGUCAUAGGGCUGGGCAAUCGGUGUCCCAAUCGGAUUUCGGUUCAGGAUUCAUUCAAGUUUCGAUUUUGGAUUCAUGAAUUUCAACUUCAUUCGGAUAUUAUAAAAGUUUGGGUUUGAUUCGGUUUGGGUUUAGUCAGGUUCGGUUCAGAUUAGUUACAUGUCAAAGAUCCGACUGAACCCGAAAUAUAGUUUUGAUUUUGGAUAUAUUUGGUUAUCAGUUCCAAAAAAAUAUUGAUUUGUGCUUUGAUUAAACUCAAUAUAUCUCCAAUAAUUUCAAUCAAUUUGUUUACAUGACUUUCUUAAACUAUAUUGUUUUCUUUCAAAAUAGCUUUAGGAGACUCGUCCAUACGAGACUCUUCUUUGAACUACACAUAACAACAUUAGAUAUUCAUAACAAACCAAAGCAAGCCUUGUACGAACAAAAUCAUACAUAAUAAAAUGUAAGAGAGAAUGCAAGGGAAAUGAAUAUCGUUAUAUUGCCUUUGGUUUUAACUUUUUUUUUUAAUGGAUAUAUCGUUAUAUAUUAUCGUAUUCUCUUCAUGGUUUUUAUAUUAAGAAGUAAGAGAGAAUCAAUAAGACAAUCUACUACGUGUAUAUAUAUGAGAAGCAUGAGAUACUUGGAAAAGAAGGAGCUACGUGUAUAUAUAUAUGAGAAGUUGUGUAAAUGGGCGUUCCUCACAUUCCUACUUCAUGUUUAGAAAUUAGAACGCUAGCUAGAUACAAGAAUAUAGAAAGCUUCUUACGUGGUAAACUACUAAACUGAUGUUAUGGAAAUGAUGCAGAGAUUAUGAAGAUGAGUUUCAAAAUCAUGUGUUGAAAGAGAGUAGUGAGAGAGUAGAGGGUUUUGCUGGAAUCAAGGUAUCUGCGUCUCCAAACUGUGCGCACUACUUAACAUUCUUGAUCCGCGAUGAUCGACGUAAAGGCUGCUGGAUUUCUUCAUCUUCUUCUGAGCCAGAAUCAUCAUCCUCCUCUUCAUCCACUUCAUAAUCUUCAUCCUUUUCUGCAUCAGAAUCAUCAUCCUCUUUUGCAUCAUCAUCCUCUUCAUCCUCUUCCGAGCUCUCUUCAUCCACUACAUACUCUUCAUCCUCUUCUGCGCCAGAAUCAUCAUCCUCCUCUUCAUCCUCUUUUGCAUUAUCCUCCUCUUUAUUAUCUUCCUUGACAUCGAUAGUUGCAGGGUACUCCACGCAAUUGGUUUUGGCGAUCCAUUCUGCAUCAUAAGGGAUCUUGUUAUAGUCAUCAAGCUCUUGAUCCUGAUCAUCCUCUGCAUCCUCUACCUCCCAAAGACUGGGGUCGACUGACUUCAUGUCAAGAGGAGGAUUGCUCAAUUCUCCAAGUUGUUGUUGUUCAUUAUCUGUUCCAUCAAGACUUGCCUUUUGAUCCACAAUGUCCUGAAGAAAUAAAAGUGUCUGAAGAUCUGAAAUGAGAGUGAAUCAAUCCAACCUUGAGCUGACCCAACAACUGUUGACAUGUCUUGAAAUCAUUGCUCAUGUAUGAAUCUUUCAAGCUCUCUAAAAGCUGCAGAACCACUGGUUGCUUGGGAUCCAUCUCUGCAGGUAAGCAAAACCAAAAACCAAUGUAAGAAGAAGACAUAACCAAACGCACACUGGCUCAUAAAGGUCCCUUAUAAGCUUUGUAGAGGCGGAUGUUAAAAAAAAACAUGCUUCAGCAAGCAAACAAAAGCACAGAACCAGUGAUACAACAACAGUUAUGUUGUGAGAGCCGAGCCUCAAAAACAACAGUUAUGUUGUGAGAGACGAGCCUCAACGACCGAUGCAGAGAAAGUAAAGGAGACAAUGACUCAGUUCAGAUUAAAAACAUGCUUAAGAAGCAAAAAGAAACAUAGAAACAGUGAUAGGUCAUGAGAGCUGAGUCUCAAAAACAAUGGACCAUGAAGAUUAUAUCACCCAAAUCAAACCAAUCGAUGAUGCCGUAGAAAGUAAACUCACUUAUCUCUAGAUAUGGAAAUAACAGAUACAAUGACUCAAUCCAGAUUAAAGAAAAAACAUGCCGUAAAAGCAGAGAAAGUAAACUCACUAUCUCCAGAUAUGGAAAGAAGGAGACAAUGAACUCGAUUCAGAUUAAAAACAUGCCUCAGAAGCAAAACAAACGUAGAAGCAGUGAUACAACAGCCAGAUCGUGAGAGAUGAGCCUCGAAAACAAUGGAACAUAAAGAUUAUAUCACCUAAAUCAAACUCACUUAUCUCUAGAACGAGACAAUGACUAAUCCAGAUAAAAAAAAAAAACCAAAACAAACGUAGAAGCAGUGAUACAAUGUAGUUAGAUCGUGAGAGCUGAGUCUCGAAACAAUGGAACCUCAAGACUAUUAUCACCUAAAAUCAAACCAAUCGAUGAUGCCGUAAAAGCAGAGAAAGUAAACUCAAAGUCUCAAACCAUGGAACCUGAUGAUUCUUCGCUAUAGGAUUCGAAAUAUCAUCAACUUCGAUCCUGAAUCUAAAAACUAUAUAUAUAGCUCAUGUCGCUAACGGAUCCUAAAUCAUUGAUCAGCGAAACUGAACUUUAAAGUAAGAGAUUAUUCAAAGAAUAGAUUACAAUAUUCAAAGUCGCUGAUCAGCGAAACUGAACUUGGAAUAAAGAGAUUCCAUCACAAUUUAAAAUCCUUCAUCUGCGAAAGCAAAACCAGACCUCAAUUUUUUCCACAGCGAACAAGAAGACAGAGGCAAAAGCAACUUGAUCAACGAAAUCAGAAACCAUAGAUAGAGAUGCGAUGAGUCAUCACUAAACCAGAUAAAACGACGCGGCAGAGAAGAGAUUCCAGAGAUUAAGCAAGCAAACCUUGAGAGAAAUCGAAAUGAAGAUUCUACUUUACCUCAAUCUCAGAGACAAAAAGUAACAGCUCUCGCUUCUCCUUCCUUUCCUCUAGAUUCUCUCCCAGCUCGAUAGGCUUCUCUGCGAUGCUUGGGGAGCAAGAUAUUAGAGUGACCAGCAGACGAUACCGAGAGUAGCAACGUUGAAAUGAUAUAUAAAUAAAUAAAAGCAAUUGAAACUGGGCCCCACAUUGGUGUGGUGCCAUUUUUGCUGUUACCACCAUAUUACCCAGAUUACCCCUCAUUAACAUCUUUUGUCUUCUUCUGGCAUGUUUCAAAAACUCUUUUCUUAAUUCCUAAAAUUGAACAUACACUAAAACCGCUUCGCUGAUUAAACCCUGAUAAUAACCGAUUUUUUUUU